AGACCCUGUCCGCUCAAAUGACCAGCUUGCGAUGCGGACCGCAGGUCCUGAUACAACACUUUUCGAUAAGGUCGGCGAGCCAUGCCUGUUUUUAGGACGCGGUGCCUUUGGCGAGGUUUCGCUGGUGAAGUGUAAGGACACAGGAACUGGGGAGCUGCAUCUUGCUUUGAAGCGGGUGCGCUUGCAACUGUCUGAUGCGGGCAUAGCCACAGCCAGACAAGAAGCCCAGCUCCUGUGGCAGCUAAGUCAGGAGAGCGUGGGUAUUCUACAAUGUUUUGCCUUCCGCAUGGUCCCAGAACCAGUGCUCACCCUGGAACUUUUGCUUGAGUUUGCACCACUGGGAGACCUUUGUCGCCGUCUACGUUUGUGCAAAGAGGCAGUUCCAGACCAUGGGCUUCCAAAGGCAGAAGUGGUGGCGUACACGUAUGAUGUGGCACAAGGGCUUUCAUUUCUGCAUGGGCUGCGCCCUAAAAUCUUCCACAGAGAUGUGAAGCCCGCGAACAUCAUGCUGUGCUAUCCCGAAAGCUCUGUGACUCGAGCUUGUCCUCGAGCGAAGCUCGCUGACUUUGGUGUGGCCAAGGUGAUGGAAUCAGAGGCCUCAACCGCAGGGACUGCCACCUUCAUUGGGACUCCGCAUUACUUGUCCCCUGAAGUCUUCAGUGGUGACACCUAUGACGAGAGAGCUGAUGCAUGGGCAUUGGGCUGCGUCCUCUACGAGAUGAUGUGCUUUUGCCGCCCGUUCCAUUUUGCCGAGACCAAUGUGGCCAUCAUGGCCUUGCGCAUUUCACAGGGGCAUUAUGAUAGGGAGCGACUCUCCCAAGCGAUGGGUCGCUACCCAGAAGGUCUUCUGCAAACUGCGGAAGGCCUGCUGCGGCUCGAGCUGUCGGAGAGGCUUCGAGCAAUUGAUUUGGUGGAAAGUUUGGGCUCUUUUGGCUUUCUGGAUGAGGCGCGUGCCGAGUCUCCUCUUCCAAGUUGCUGGGACCCCUUGCCCAUUGAUGGAGCUGGAACUUCGUCUGAAGUAAGGCUUGAUACCGACAGUUGGCACGGAGCACAUGUCGCAUCCGACAGCAGCAGCACACAGCUCCUUGCCGUGCUGGAAGCAAGCGAAAGUCCCUACACGCUUGGGCAUUUGAAUGAUCCCAUCUAUGGGGAGGUGCUGACGCUUCCGGCACUUCAUCAUGACUCUCGUUUGGGAGGUUUGGACAUACUGGACACACAGUAUGGCUCUGGAUUGCCUGGUUUGGAUGGGGUGGCUCGACCGGAUGACAUGCCGCCCUGAGGUGGAAAAAAGCAACCUACGUGAUAGGCAUAGCAAGACUAGAAGAGCGUGAGCCUGGACUCUCUUUGAUUUGUG